ACGUGCAGUCUCAACAUGCCUUUCUCCACUUGUGCUAUCAAAGCAGGAGGAUGCCCCUGCCCUUUUUUCAAGGCUCUUGGAUAAGCUAAUGAAGAGUGAUAAAUAUGGUGAGCGUAGAGGGGCAGCUUUUGGUCUUGCGGGAGUAAUUAUGGGCUUUGGAAUUUCUAGCUUGAAGAAAUAUGGUCUUAUAGUCACUUUGCAAGAGGCACUUAUUGACAGAAAUUCUGCGAAACGGCGUGAAGGAGCACUUCUUGCAUUUGAAUGUCUCUGCGAGAAGCUUGAAAAAUUAUUUGAAUCGUAUGUGAUAAAGAUGUUACCCUUACUUCUGGUGUUGUUCUCUGACCAAGCUGGAGCAGUUCGUGAAGCAGCAGAAUGUGCUGCUCGAGCUAUGAUGUCUCAACUAUCUGCAUAUGGUGUGAAACUUGUCCUUCCUUUUCUCCUCAAGGUGAUUAUUUACUAAAUUCUUAAGAUUUUU